AUGUCGUUUGACGGCGAGGCCGCCGGCUGGGCCGACGACCCGGCGGUCAAGGCCAUGGACGACCUGUUCCUGUCCACCAUGCGCGAGCUUGCAGCCGCGGGCAAGCUGACUACCGGCGGCGUCCGCAUGCUGGACUACGGCUGUGGGCCCGGAUCCAAGUCCUUUGCUCUGCUCCUUGCCGACGACGAUGCCAUCCGCCCGCGCGAAGUCGUCGCAGUGGACAUCUCCGAGCCCAUGCUCGCCGCUCUUGCCGAUCUCAAGGCCAAGAUCGAGGCUGACCACGGCCCGCUCCCUCUCGAGGCUCUUCACGUCGAUCCUGCUCCGCGCCAGAUCGCCGCCCUCGCUUCGUUUGAUGUCAUUGCUCCGGGCUACGUCCUCCAUCACAUCGGUCCGGACAUUGAGGACGAGGUCUACGCCACCCUCGCCGGCGCCCUCGCUGAGGACGGAUGGCUUGUGGCUUCUGAGUUUGACGACGAUGCCCACGCCAACUCGGGCGCUAUUGUCGGCAAGCUCGCUGCGCAGGGACUCGAUCAGAUCGAGAUCAUCCGGCCCGAGUUUGACAUGGAGAUCCUGUACGACUUCUGA